GCUGGGGGGCGCACCACGCCAAGGGGGAAGAGAACAAACAAAAAACAAGAUGAGCGCUUACGACGCAAAAGUCCAACUUGUCACCAUCGGGAUUACCUUCCCCGUCGCGCUGGCUUUGGCCCUCGCACACGUUUGCAGUUGCUACCUCUGGCAGCGGCUGACGGAGCUUCCCCGACAGCUCGUCAUGUCGCUGUUUGGCGGCAUCACCCUGUCGUAUGUCUUCCUGGUCAGUCUGCCGGAAAUCUCCCGCGCACAGGCGCGCUUUGAAUCGAUCGGCCACUUUGUGUUUGCCAACGACCAGGAGGUCUAUGUGUUUGCCUUGCUCGGACUGCUCGUCUACCAGGGUGCAGAGCGACUGGCGCACGCAUCUCGCGAGCGGCGCAUCAAAAAGCGGGCGUUAUACCGCUGGCAACAUGCAGUGCAGACCUUGAGGCGAACUGCGCGAGUGACCUCUGCCUGGCAAAGAGCUCACCAUUUGCCCGAUGCGAAUACUAGCACAACAACAACACAGUCUUCAGUGGCAGGGUCGGAUGCUCAUCCGCCGCCGCAAGAAUCCGGCAGCGCGGUGUCUGCGUCCGCAUCGCAACAGAGCUCUGUCUAUUUCACUCCGUAUGGCACUCCGGAUCAAGAACUCGCCACCGAUCUCAUGCAAACUGAGCCGACAGCUGCUGAGCCGACAACUUCCGACAGCGAUGAAAGGAACCAGCUCGUCCCGCGACGUCGAUCUUCGGUGCGCAGUUACGGCGCCGUGCCAACCAGCGAUCCCGACGUGACUCUCAACUCUUUGCCGUCAAACCAUCUCGAAAUGACCCCCUCUGUCGAGGGACUGUCUCGCACAUCCAUGGGAGGGCUUUACUUUGCUCCUACAACACAAGUAGAGAUGCCGCGCCCAGAACACGGGUCGAAUACUGCUGUCGCGACUACCUCCGCCACCCCUGUCGCAUCGAGCCUUUCCGACGACGACAGCAACGAGCACGAGGAUACAGCAACGCACCAUCGCGGCGAGUACCUGUUGCUUGGUGGCGAUGGUGGCGCCAAAAACUCGACCCGGCGACAGCGGUUGCUCAGCAAUACCCAGUGGAAGACGCUCAACACGAUGCACCUGCGUCAUUUGGAGCACACCAGCGCAACCGAUCCCAUUGAGGUGCACCAAGCCCCUCCUUUGACCAAGUACGCGCGGCUCGAAGACGACCGCACCGAAACAAGCGUGUUUGCCCUUCACAUGGCCACCUUCUGCGUGUUUGGCUUUCUAACCGGGCUUGUCAUUCCGCAGCGUUAUCGGUUGAAUGGAACGGCAGAGCUGUACGCAUUCGGAGUGGCCAUGCUCGUGCACUACAUUGUCAACGAUUCCACGCUCAUUGAGCACCACCGGACCUUGUAUGUGCGUUACGGUCGAUUCCUCGGCCUGAGUGCGAUUCUACUGGGGUGGUUGAUUGGAAUUCUGCUUGUGGUGCCCGAGUUGCCCGUGCUGCUGAUUCGCAGCUUUCUAGCGGGUGCCAUCUUGGUGAACACGAUCAAGAAUCAACUGCCAGAGCGCAACGACUGUUCGUUCUGGGCUCUGUGUCUGGGGGCUGUGCUGUAUGGCGCGUUAGCCGUCUUUUCGAGCUUGUUGUAACGUCAAUGUUCCCGUGUGAAUGCCAAAUGCAAAGUAGAAACAAAAAACUCUUUUGAUUGGGC